AUGCAUCCACCAUUCGGCGGGGGCGCACCGCCUCCCGGGGGCCAAGGUGGGCCUGUCACGCUGCCCCCGCCUGGGCCAGGAGGCCCUGGGUUCCCUGGACAGGACUUUCUUUCGAUGAUCCCCGGCGGCGCGCCGGGGGGUGGCCCAGGUGGAAUGCCCGGCCCCCGCAUUCUGCCGGGGUCAGGAGGCCCGCCCGGGGCCGGCGGCCCGAGCUUCCCGCCGCUCAUGGCGCCGCCAGCCAUGGGCAUGCUGAUGCCCGACAUGGGCAUCGGCCCCAUGGGGCUCCCCGGCAUGGUCAGAAAGCCCCGAAACAUGCAACCGCCCACGCAGGACAUGAGCAUUCCACCGAACCAGACGAUCUACAUCAACAACAUUAACGACAAAGUCAAGCUCCCAGAACUCAAGGAGAACUUGCGAAGCAUGUUCAAGCAGUUCGGAGAGAUUCGGCAAAUUGUUGCCAUGAGCUCCUUCUGGCGCAGGGGACAGGCGUGGAUCGUGUUCGCGUCGGUGGAGUCCGCGACGAAAGCCAUUCAGGGCAUGCAGGCCUUCGUCUACCAUGGUCAGCCGCUGCGCAUCAACUACAGCAUUACGAAGAGCGACAUCAUCGCGAAGGAGGACGGCACGUUUACGCCGAGGCCGCCCGGCCCGAAGAAGCCCCGCGCGGUUCGCGAGCGGGAGGAGAGGCAGCGCGAGCUCUUCCUCCAAAUGCAACAGCAGUACAUGCAGAUGCAGGUCAAGGUUUUCUUUCCGCAGACGCGGUCACUGAAGUACUGCAUCUCUCUUCCUUCUCUUUCCUUUUCUGUGCCCGCAGCUAAUGCUCUGAAGCGCAAAGCGGAGGCUGCGCUUCCGACGCCGCAGCUCGCGAAGCUUGGAGGCCCCUUCCCGCCGGCCGCGCCUGUGGCGCCGCCCCCCGCAGUGGACAUGAGUUUCCCGGCGAUGCCAAACAAAGUCCUGUUUCUCGAGAAUCUGCCUGAGGACGCGACCAUGGAGGGCCUCGUCAGCCUCUUCUCCAAGCACAGCGGCAUGAUUGAAGUGCGGCCCGUCCUCUGGCGCCGCGUCGCCUUCGUCGAGUACGAGAACGAGAUGCUCGCGGCCAACGCUAUGAAUGCUCUGCAGGGAACAAACAUGAACGGCUCAUCCAUAAAGAUUACGUAUGCACGGAGAUGA